AUGGAGAUAGCUGUUCAGUCCCUCAGAAUUGCUCACCAACAUAAUCUGGUAGGAGAAAACUACUCUCAAGCCAUGCUGCAAGAACUAGAAGGAUUGGAUGCAAGCAGAAUUGACACCCUCAAUAAACUCCUGGCAGGAAAGCAAGCUGUGUCAAGGGCCUAUAACAAAAGAGUCAAGAACAAGAUGGUCACCUACAUGGGAAGACCCUUUCAUAAUCAACCAGAUCCUUGGAAUGGGGCAUACAACUUGCAGGAUAGAGAUGGAGAAAUUCAUGCUGCCCCAAUCAAUGGCAAAUGGUUAAAGAAGGUUUAUCUAACCAUGUGGGACUCACAGGCUGUACAAACAGAACCUGGGAUAGAGAAGGGGCAACACUAA